UAGGUUCACAUAACCAAUUUCUCCUACUAAAUAUUAUGUUUUUAAUAUUCAGAAAACAUACACCAUAAGUAACGAACUUCAUUAACACAAAAAGCUGUGACUGGUGUUGAACAAAACGUGAAACAAGAUUCAAAUCCUCGUGGAAAAGCACAGAUCAAAAGUCAAAACGAAAGCUUUGGUGGUCUCCCAUCGCUUCUCCAGCUAAGGUUCUCGUUUUCUUCUCUUGUGUUGAAUGUUCGUGCGCAUAUAAGCUGAGCAGAGGAAGGUAGAUACGAGUCAUGGUUCAACGGAAAAGCACUAAGAGGAAUAACAGCGAUACUCAAACGAAUCACGUCUUUAUUAAAACGGUAUCGUAUCAAGGAAAACGCAUCGCAAAAGCUACUCUGCUCCUAGUCUUUUCUAUCUUCAUAUCUUCUGGUCUCUUAAGAUUCUUGGGUUGUUUCGAUUUCACAACACUUGCAGGUCUGAAGCAAGUAACAACAACAAUCAUUAAACCACCAAUCAAAACGCUCCACAGAUUCCCGCGCCAAUGCGGCGUCGUACAAAACCAAACACAGCCAGUUUUCGAACCCAGAAACAGCCAUUCACGAUCAUCCACGUGUCCUUCUUAUUUCCGUUGGAUCCACGAGGAUCUACGGCCGUGGAGAGAGACAGGCGUAACGAGAGGGAUGCUCGAAAAAGCACGGAGAAAGGCCCAUUUCAGGGUUAUAAUCAUAGACGGGAGAGUGUACGUUAAGAAGUAUAGAAGAGCGAUCGAGACACGAGAUACUUUUACUCUGUGGGGCAUCGUACAGUUACUACAGUGGUACCCAGGGAGAUUACCGGAUCUGGAGCUCUUGUUCGACGCAGAUGAUAGACCAACCGUCCGAUCAAGUGACUAUAGAGGUCAACAACACCCGGCCCCACCUCCAGUGUUCCGUUAUUGCUCUAAUGACGCCAACUUGGACAUCGUCUUCCCUGAUUGGUCCUUCUGGGGCUGGGCUGAGCUUAAUAUCAAGCCUUGGGCUAAAUCGCUGGUGGCGAUAGAAGAAGGGAACAAGAUGACGCAAUGGGAAGACCGCGUGCCGUACGCUUACUGGAGAGGAAAUCCUAACGUGGCCCGCACGAGGAGAGACCUUCUUAGAUGCAAUGUCUCAGACCAAGGAGAUUGGAACACUCGUCUCUACAUCAAUGAUUGGGCUACAGAAUUCAAAGAAGGCUUCAAGAACUCAAACCUAGAGAACCAAUGCACUCACAGGUACAAGAUUUAUAUAGAAGGAUGGGCAUGGUCAGUGAGUGAGAAGUAUAUAAUGGCAUGUGACUCAAUGACAUUAUAUGUGAGACCAACGUACUAUGAUUUUCUUAUACGAGGAAUGGUACCAUUACAACAUUAUUGGCCAAUCAGAGACCUUGGUAAGUGUAGAUCCCUCAAACACGCUGUACAUUGGGGGAAUACUCAUUUAGACCAGGCACGUAAGAUAGGGGAAGAAGGGAGUAGAUAUAUAAGAGAGGAGGUGAACAUGGAAUUUGUGUAUGAUUACAUGUUCCAUUUGGUGAACGAGUAUGCCAAGCUUUUGAAGUUUAAGCCGGAGAUUCCUUUGGGAGCAAAGGAGAUUACAACGGAUAGUAUGGGAUGUCCAGCGAAGGGACGAUGGAGAGAUUUCAUGGCUGAGUCGAUGGUGAUGUCUCCUAGUGAAGUGUCUCCUUGUGUGAUGCCUCUUCCUUAUAGCACUCUGGAGUUAAAAGAAGUUCUUAAGAGGAAAGCUAAUUUGACUCGCCAAGUUGAGGUUUGGGAAGAUCAAUACUAUCGUAAUUUGACAAAUCCCAACAAGCAUUGACCAA